AUGGCCUUGCUGGGAACUUUGAGUGAAAGAUUCUGUUCUUGUGACAAAAAGCAAGCAGUGGAUAGUCAGCCGACCAGGAGCCUGGGGCGGCUGGGCUUCAGCUGGGCUGCCCCGCUGCUCACGAAGCUCAACCAGUCCGAGCUCAAAGCCCUAACCCACAAAAACGCUUUAAGGAAAAACAUAAACCAGCAAUUGCCCCGCUAUGACCGCUUUGUACCGAGCCGGCCACGGCCGCUGCCCGUCUCGGCGGGACCGGACCCGCGCGGCGUCCCGCCCCGCCGCCCCCGCCCCGCCCCGCUCCGCUCGGGCGAGCGCCGGCACUGCCCCGCCGAGCGCCGCGGCUCCCGCCGGGCCCCGCUCAGCCCGGGCGCCUGGCACCGGGCACCGAGCACCGGCCGCAGCCCCUCUCCGCAGCCGGCCGGCAGGAGGGAGCCGGUGGCGGUGAGGGAGAACCCGCCCCCACCCCUCGCAGGCGCCGGCCCUCGCCCUCCUCCUCCUCCUCCUUCUCGCUUUCUCCUCCCCCUCCCGGCAGCCGCGGCCCCCUCCCCUCACUGCCGAGCCCCCACCGCCCUCCUCACCUCUCACGGUCCGGGAAGGGGGCGCGGCUGGGAGGGGGCGGAGAAAGAAAAAAAAUGGCAAGGAAGGCCCCAGCACCCUCUCCCGUCCCCUCCCGCGCCCUCUCCUCCCGCCCCGCCCGGCGGCCGCCAGCCCUCCCGCUCCGCCGGGAGCCGCGGGCACUGGGCGCUCCCGCCCGCCGCUGUCGCGUCCCCGCGGCCCCGCUCCGGCCCCUCCCUGCGCUCGGGGGAGGGGCGGGGCCAUGCAGGGACACGCCUCCUCCCGCGGGCCCCGCCCCCUGCCCCGGGGCGGGAGCGGCGCGUGGCCGCGUGUGGCGGGCCGGGGCCUGGGCCGCUCCCCUCACGCUGCGGAGCCGCCCGCGGCGCGCGUCCCCUGCCGGCGGGGCAGGGGAAGCGGCGAGGGAGGCGCUGUCCGCCUCAUCCGGUGACUGGGCGUCCUUGUCUUUCUUCCAAAAACACAAAGCCAAACAUUUCCGUAGCUGCCCGCUGCCCCAUUUAA